UCCAGGAGGGGCGGGGCCCAAGGUGGGCGGGACGCUGGGCCUCCAGCGGCCACGCCACUGUCGCGGGUGCAUUCCUGGCUCUCUGGCCCGGGGCGGAGGAGCGCCCUGGCUGAGUCUGCAGUCCCCACUAGGAGCGGGUGUCGGGGCUGGCCGGAGCUGGGAGCGCGGCCGCGGAGGACCCAGGUGAGCUGGGACCCUGUGCCUGGAGAGGGACCACGGAGGCUCGAAGUGAGCCGGGACCCUUGAGGACCCAGGUUGCGCUCUCAGCCGCCAGGGGGCGAGCGGCGGCGGGGCUCAGGGACUGCCCCCUCCCAGCACUGGGGACCUGGGCGUCCUCUCGGAACGGGGGUGGAGGGGACGGUAAAUCAGUAACCCGCAGCGCACACAGGGCCUUUUGUCCCGCUCCGUCCAAAGAGCACCCUGGCCGCGGAGCUGGUUACUCAUUGCCCACCGGGGCGGGGGCGGGCCGGCUGUCUCUGCUGCUCUCCUCUGGACCUGCCUGUUUGCACCUCCCCCCAGGGUGGCCGGGUAGGGGGGGAGGAAGAAAAACGCGCGCUGGUCCCUUGGCCGCGCGCGCUGGACUGUCUGCGCUCUCGGAGUAGAGAUGAGGAAGCGGAGGAUCUGAGACGUGCAGUCAUUUGCCCCGGGUCCCCCAAAGCUUUAGUGCGGAAAGCUGAAGGAGAACCCAGGACUGUCUGAUGACAGUGUCAGGCCCUUCAGCCCCUGAACAAGGCAGCGGGUCGGUCUGUCUGCCGCCGCGUGUGAUCCGACUAAGUGUCCUGAGGUCACAAGAUCAGGGCAGCCCGGAAUGGGAAUAAAAACCUGGGCCUCCCCACUCCUUUCCCAACUAGAGCUGUGGACCCUGAGAGCCGCACUCCCUGCAGAGCAGAGCAGGGUGGAGGGAUUUUGUGGAGGAGAGCCAUAGAAACUGGGGGUGUGUGCAGGGACAGUGGCAUCUGAGUCCGAUGAAGAAGAGAAAUGGGGACGCAGAGGUGUGUAUGUGCAAGAGAGAAGAUAUGCCCAGUUUUGAAAGUCAGUGGUUUCAGUGCUGAAGAGGCUGAAGGAGCAGACUGUGCAACCAAAGAGGAUUGACAAGGGCAAGGAGGGCGGCUUGGGAUGCUGGAUAAACUGUAGAUUGGAUCCUACUGGACAAGGGCAGCCAUUAAGAGUUUGAAAGCUGAGGGGGUGUGGGGUGGUGACAUGGCAAAUAUUUGUAAUUUUUAAAGCCCUGCUGGAGAGUGGAGGCUGGAGAGUCAAGGGAGAUGUCUGCAAAGGCCCAAGCUAGAGAUGACUAUGGCCUGCCCUGGGUCCAAGCAACGGUGAUGGGAUGGACCACAGAAGGAUUGAGGAGGCAGAUGGACUGGAGGUGGAGGAGGGGUGAGGGGGCAUGAGAUGAGAUGAUACCCCAGCUUCAGGGGCAACCCAGGGAAGGAGCAGUUUGAAGGGGGAGAUAAUGGCUUUGGCCAAGACAAACUAAGUGCCCCCUGCCUCAGAGCCAGAGCUGGAAGGGGGGCAGCAGCUGAUGAGAAGGGUGCAGUUGGCUUCCUGGGCAAGGUAAAUUCAGAGACACCAGUGCCUAGUGACUGUUAUUCAGCCCCAGGUAAUAGCCAGUAGCCCCUGGGACUAUACUGGUCGCCAAGGAUGCAGACAUCCUUGGUGGCAUAUGGAGGAGGAUAACCAGAUAGGGUGGGUGUGUACAUCACACCUGAUCUGCACCAGAAUCAGAGGUGAUUGGCCAAGGGCAGACCCAGAAUGACAGUCGUGGGGAGGAAGGGGGAGGAGAACAUUCCAACAUCCUGUGCUCCCUGUGUUCCCUACAUAUGUUCUCUUUUAUCCUCAAAGCAGUCCUGUGAGGACAGCACCCAGAGAGGGACUGGAACUUGCAAGUUGGUUAGAGUCAGGAUUUGAACUUCACUUUGUUGGACGCAAGAGCCCGUGUUGCCUCAAAUAGAGUUGUGAGGACACAAAAAGCAGAGGUAUUCCCAGCAUGCAUUUCUGGUUCAGCAUGAGGAAGAACUGCCUGCCAUGGAAUGUACUGCCUUGUCAGUAGUGAGCGCCCUGCCACCAGAGCUAUUCAAAGCUGGUCACGAAAAUGUCAGUAAUGCUAUAAGAAGUGUGGGUCAGAUCAGAUAACAUCCAGAUGCUGAGGUUUGGCCUUGUAUUGUAUUUCAUUUUUUUUUUUUUUGUUCUCCAGCAACAAAUUCAUUUAUUCAGCAAAAAAAAAAAUGAUGUGUGCUGAGAGUGAGCAGAAGAUCUGUCUCCGUUCUCUGCUUUCCUCCAAGGAAAGAAUCCCCAAACUGCCCUUUCUGUGAACUUGUGCCAAGGUCUCAGCAGGACCGGAGGAGAGCAGGAAGCCCAGCCCUGCCCCCCUGCACAACCUACUGUGAAGAAGCUUUGGGCUCUGGCAACAGCAAAGCUACUUCCAGUCUCUGCCAUGCUGCUGUGUGGUGGUGGUGGUGGGGGGGGGGGGGGUUGUACAAGACUUCUAACCACUUCCUGUCUCAGUUUCUUCAUCUGCAAAAUAGGGGAAUAGUACCACCAAAGGUGCAUGCAUAGCAGGGGUUCUUCUCCCUCCUUUUCAGGAAGGCAGUUGGUGGGAAGCCCAGCCUGGGUCCUUGUGAGCAGCAGGAAGGAUAUGCAGCUGCUGUUGGCCCUGUUGGGGGUCCUGCUGGAGGUGCCUGGGACUCCAGCUUUGACCCUUGAGACCUCUGAGGAAAUGGAGCUAGAGCCCUGCCUGGCCCCCAGCCCAGAGCAGCAAGAGCAGGAGCUGACCGUGGCCCUUGGGCAGCCUGUGCGGUUAUGCUGUGGGCGGGCUGAGCGUGGUGGCCACUGGUACAAGGAGGGCAGUCGCCUAGCACCUGCUGGCCGGGUACGAGGCUGGAGGGGCCGCUUGGAGAUCGCCAGCUUCCUACCGGAGGAUGCUGGCUGCUACCUCUGCCUGGCACGAGGCUCCAUGCUUGUCCUGCACAAUGUUACCUUGGUUGUGGAUGACUCCUUGACCUCCAGCAAUGGUAAUGAGGACCCUAAGGCCCACAGGAACCCCUCGAAUGGGCACAUUUACCCCCAGCAAGCACCCUACUGGACACACCCUCAGCGCAUGGAGAAGAAACUGCAUGCAGUGCCUGCUGGGAACACUGUAAAGUUCCGCUGUCCAGCUGCAGGCAACCCCAUGCCCACCAUCCGCUGGCUCAAGGAUGGAAAGGAUUUCCACGGGGAACAUCGCAUUGGAGGCAUUCGGCUGCGCCACCAGCACUGGAGCCUGGUGAUGGAAAGUGUGGUGCCCUCGGACCGUGGCACAUACACUUGCCUCGUGGAGAACUCUAUGGGCAGCAUCCGCUACAGCUAUCUGCUGGAUGUGCUGGAGCGGUCCCCGCACCGGCCCAUCCUGCAGGCGGGGCUCCCAGCCAACACCACAGCUGUGGUAGGCAGCAACGUAGAGCUGCUGUGCAAGGUAUACAGCGACGCCCAACCCCACAUCCAGUGGCUGAAGCACAUCGUCAUCAAUGGCAGCAGUUUCGGUGCUGACGGCUUCCCCUACGUGCAAGUCCUGAAGACAGCAGACAUCAAUAGCUCAGAGGUGGAGGUCCUAUACCUUCGGAACGUGUCAGCCGAGGACGCAGGCGAAUACACCUGCCUGGCAGGCAACUCCAUUGGCCUCUCCUACCAGUCAGCCUGGCUCACGGUGCUGCCAGAGGAGGACCUCACAUGGACAGCACCAGCACCUGAAGCCAGUUCUCCCUGGAGUCAGGUUCUUCAGCCAAGUCAAGCUCAUCCUUGGUGCGGGGUGUUCGUCUCUCCUCCAGUGGCCCUCCCUUGCUCGCUGGCCUUGUUGGUGCUUGGGAAGCCCCUGGGUGAGGGCUGCUUCGGGCAGGUGGUGCGUGCAGAGGCCUUCGGCAUGGACCCCGCCCGGCCUGACCAAGCCAGCACUGUGGCUGUCAAGAUGCUCAAGGACAAUGCCUCCGACAAGGACUUGGCAGACCUGGUCUCUGAGAUGGAGGUGAUGAAGCUGAUCGGCCGACAUAAGAACAUUAUCAACCUGUUGGGUGUCUGUACUCAGGAAGGGCCUCUGUAUGUGAUUGUGGAGUGUGCCGCCAAGGGAAACCUGCGGGAGUUCCUGCGGGCCCGGCGUCCCCCAGGCCCCGACCUCAGCCCUGAUGGGCCAAGGAGCAGUGAAGGGCCACUUUCCUUCCCUGCUCUGGUUUCCUGUGCCUACCAGGUGGCCAGAGGCAUGCAGUAUCUGGAGUCAAGGAAGUGCAUCCACCGGGACCUGGCUGCCCGAAACGUACUGGUGACAGAGGACAAUGUGAUGAAGAUAGCAGACUUUGGGCUGGCCCGUGGCGUCCACCACAUUGACUACUACAAGAAAACCAGCAACGGCCGCCUGCCUGUAAAGUGGAUGGCACCUGAGGCCUUGUUUGACCGAGUCUAUACACACCAGAGUGACGUGUGGUCGUUUGGGAUCUUGCUGUGGGAGAUCUUCACUCUCGGGGGUUCCCCAUACCCUGGCAUCCCUGUGGAGGAGCUGUUCUCACUUCUGCGGGAAGGGCAUCGGAUGGACCGGCCCCCAAACUGUCCCCCAGAGCUGUAUGGGCUGAUGCGUGAAUGCUGGCACGCAGCACCUUCUCAGAGGCCUACUUUCAAGCAGCUGGUGGAGGCACUGGACAAGGUCCUGCUGGCCGUCUCUGAGGAGUACCUGGACCUCCGCCUGACCUUUGGACCCUACUCCCCUGCUGGAGGGGAUGCCAGCAGCACCUGCUCCUCCAACGACUCUGUCUUCUGCCAUGACCCCCUGCCACUGGGGCCCAGCUCCUUCUCCUUCCCUGGAGUGCAGACAUGAGCAGGGCCACAAGGUUGUUACAGGCAGGCAAGCCAGCAGCCUUCAGCCUCCUGGUUUAGCGGCAACCUGGCAGUGCUUGACCUUGGCAGCCUCAGGCCCCAAUCUUAGGGUAGUGUCCCAGAUCUUUAGUUCUGCCUUGGGGAGGUCUGUCCUUGUUCCGGGGGCCCCUCGAUGAGGCUUCCAGCUCUGGCCUCAGAUUCCCAAACCAGACUUCAACCCCAGUCUUUGGACACGUGACCCAGGUGUCCUAGUGGCCUGAGUGUUAGUGUUCUGCCUGGCCUCCUGGCCCUUAGCACUUAGUCCAGGGGUUUGGCUGGACCUGGCUGUAGACCUGUCCUAAACCUUCCUGCUUCCCUGCACCAAGAGAGGUCUUGGGCCUCCGAACCCCAUUUCCCCAGGCCUCCCCUGCCUCUCCUUUGCUGUUUGUCCCAGCAUCUUGGUGGCAAGAGCAUUGGCCCCUGUGCUCCCAGCUGAGUGGCUGGAAGCCUGCCGAAAACACAGAAGCAAAUGAUCUUUUAUAAAUUAUUUUUUGAAAUAAA